ACUCCUCGCCAUAGUAGGUUUUCCCCAGUCUAUUCACGGAUGCCAACAAAGUGUCCCGGUGCUUCGUGAGGGUUGACCAAAGAGGAUGUGAGUCGUGACAGACGUUCAGCUGCAGGUCUGGGACUCUCAUCAGUUGUGAAAUGAAGCUACACGACUUCUCUGAGGACUUUUCCUGAGGCAUUUUGAGGAGAGAAAGGGGAGAAAAGUGUUUAUUUUUGGGGAGAUGUCCAGCACUGUGGCACCGACCGUCCCCUCCAUGAGCUUCCCGGAGGACCAGCGCACUAUCGUGGUGGGAGCCUUCUGUUGUCUGGUGUUUUUCUUCAUGAUCGUGGUGCUGCUGCUGAUCCUCUACCGAAAGGUUCCUCUCUGCUGCAAAAUGAGGGUUUAUCGGGAAUCUCGUACUGACAUGGAAUCUCCUCCUCAGUACUACAGCAGCAGACAGACUCUGGUCACGUCGUCUGAUGUGGAGCAGAAUCAUGACGCGGGUCACGAUAACAUCACUGCUCAGUCGGGCUCUCUGUUCCUCAUCGGUGUGCCCAGCAGCUAUUAUCUGUCCUCUCUGGAUCCGGGUCUCCCUCGUUUACCCUCAUAUGAAAGCGUACGCAAAAAAGACCGACAGCGGCAGAUCCACAUGAUGAUCGCAGACCGAUUUGGACUCAACGGGCCUGCUGUGACGGAGCCUCCUCCCACAUACGAGGAAAGCAUUCGUCAGUCGGUCCAAUCCAUUGACGUCCCGUUUGACAUCCUGUCCUCGGAGGAUCCACAGGCUACAGUUUCAGAGCCUGACACGGAUCUGCCUGCGUAUGAAGCUCUACCUCACAGCACAGACUCGCAACAGCCCAGCGACACUAGUAAUUAAUGCACACUCCAGCAUGCGUCUUAUCCUCAGCGGAAAUGAGCAGCUGUUGAGCUUUUCCCAGGCCUGACAGCUGAUCUACAAACAGACGAGUGCGUCAAUCUGCUGCCUUUGCAAAAAAACACCACCAAAAUGAGAUAUGACUUGACCUAUGCAAAUACUUGAGGAGGAGGAGGAGAACACUGCAACACUACUGGGAAACAAAGGGAAGAGAAUGUGCAGCGGUUGAAAUGAAUGUGAAACUGCUGCUGCGCUAACUUUGUGACUUUUCCAAGCCAAAGGUGUUAAAGUGCCCUCUUUAGGACUGUUUAAAGAAUGAUUUGAACUUUAUUUAGGUGAAGAGUUGUCUUUAAUUGCACGCUGCAGCGUCAGCUCUUCUUCCACAGUGUCUGAAAUGUUUGGUACAAGGAUCCAGUCUCACUCAACUGGGCUUUUAGAGUCUACUCUGCCCUGAUUGGUCAGAUGGAGGCACUACUCUGCUCUGAUUGGUCAGAUGGCUCUUCUCUCUUCUCACUGGUCAGAUGGCCCUACUCUUAUUUGAUUGGUUAGAUGACACCUCUCAGCCCUGAUUUGUCAGAUGGAGGCCCUACUCUGCUCUGAUUUGACCGGGCAGAUGGAGGAAUAACUCUGCUCUGGUUGGCCAGAUUACCCUAAUCUGCUCUGAUUGGUCAUAUGAAGGCUCUCCUCUGCUCUGAUUGGUUAGAUUGAGGCAUUACUCUGCUCUGAUUUGUCAGAUGGAGGAAUAACUUUGCUCUGGUUGGCCAGAUUACCCUAAUCUGCUCUGAUUGAUCCUAUGAAGGCUCUUCUCUGCUCUGAUUGGACAGGUGAAGGCCCUACUCUGCUCUUACUGGACAGGUGGAGGCUCAACUCUGCUCUGAUUGUCUAGAUGAUCCUAAUCUGCUCUGAUUGGUCAUUAAAAGACUCUCCUCUGCUCUGAUUGGACAGGUGAAGGCCCUAUUCUGCUCUGAUUGGACAAAUAGAGGUCCUACUCUUCUUGGAUUGGCCAGGUUACCCUAUUCUGCUCUGAUUGGACAGGUGAAGGCCCUAGUCUGCUCUGAUGGGACAGAUCAAGGCCCUACUCUGCUCCGAUUGGCCAGAUGACCCUAUUCUGCUCGGAUUGGACAGAUAGAGGCCCUAAUCUGCUCUAAUUGGUCAUAUGAAGGCCCUCCUAUGCUCUGAUUGGACUGGUGAAGGCAAUUGUCUGCACUGAUUGGCCAGAUUACCCUAAUUUGCUCUAUUUGGUCAUAUGAAAACUGUCCACUGCUCUGAUCGGCCAGAGAAUCCUAAUUUGCUCUGAUUGGUCAUAUGAAGCCUCUCCUCUGCUCUUAUUUGGACAGGUGAAGGCCCUAGUCUUCUGUGAUUGAACAGAUAGAGGCCCUAAUCUGCUCUUAUUGGCCAGAUGGAGGCCCUACUCUGCUCUGAUUGGCCAGAUUACUCUAAUCUGUUCUAAUUAGUCAUAUGAAGGCCCUACUCUGCUCUAAUUGAACAGACUGAGGCCCUACUCUGCUCCGAUUGGCCAGAUGACACAAAUCUACUGUUAUUAGUCAUGUGUAGGACCUCCUCUGCUCUAAUUGGACAUUUACAGGCCCAACUCUGCUCUGAUUGGCCGGAUUACCCUAAUCUGUUCUAAUUAGUCAUAUGAAGGCCCUCCUUUGCUCUAAUUGGACAGGUGAUGGCCCUAGUCUGCUGUGAUUGGACAGAUUGAGGUCCUACUCUGCUUCGUUUGGCCAGAUGACCCAAAUCUGCUCUGAUUAGUCAUGCGUAGGACCUCCUCUGCUCUGAUUGGACAGAGGGACGCCCUACUCUGCUCUGAUUGGCCCGAUGAUCAAAAUCUGCUCUGAUUAGUCAUAUGAAGACCCUCCUCUGCUCUGAUUGGACAUUUAAAGGCCCUACUCUGCUCUGAUUGGUCACAUGAAGGCUCUCAUCUGCUCUGAUUGAACAGGUAAAGGCCCUAGUCUGCUCUGAUUGGACAGAAAGAGACCCUAAUCUACUCUGAUUGGCCAGAUUACCCCAAUCUACUCUUAUUGGUCAUAUGAAGGCCCUUCUCUGCUCUGAUUGGACAAUGUGAAGGCCCCACUGUGCUUUGACUGGAUAUAUGGAGGCUCAACUCUGAUUUGAUUGGCUAGAUUUCGCUAAUCUUCUCUGAUUGGUCAUAUAAGGGCCUUCCUCUGUCAUGUGCACCUAUUCUACCUGAAUAGGUGAAGGCCUUACUCUGCUCUGAGUGGUUAAAAUUGGGGCUAAAAUCAUGCAGUCUGAACUCGGCAUUACAUUCAGCAUUUUAGAUUCUGGGCCAGAUUCACGAAAGUCUGUUUAAUAACGAUGAAUAAAUGAAGCUUGUUUUAAUUUCAUGUUUGGUUUUUUAGAGAGAUGGCGGGUUCAUCGCAUACCAAAGUGGCGUAUGAUGUACUGUACUGAACUAUAUGCACAAUAAUGGAUAUUUGAAGCCAUGUUUUGGACAUUACAGGGAAUAUUUCGUUUAUUUGCAGUACUGUUUUGUUCGAUGUAAUCAUGAUGUGUGUUUGUAUGAGCGUGAUGUUCUUCGUUUCUUUAGGUAGAACAAAUGUUAUCGUCUCUUUAGGUAGAGAUCAUCGAAAUUAAUUUUAGCAAAGCCGCUGUCAUAUCUGUCUGUGUAAAUAUGUUCUCUGUCAAAAUGAUGUCUCUUCAAUCUUUAUUUUAUAAUUGCCAUUUAUGGAAAUGCAUAUUUUUUUAAUUUUUCACUGUGAAUAAAGACAUUAAAACAAA